AUGAAGAAACCUAGUUUACCAGUUAUUCAAAUUGUAUGUGCUGUAACAUGGUGUCUAUUCGCAGCAGGCCCUAUUUUCGGCUUUGCUGCCUUAAAGCCCAUUUUAGUAAGUGAAGGUGUUUAUUCAGACUUGUGUAAAACAAAUUCUACCAUUAGUCUAAAUAAUGAUUACGCUAUUACCAAGAAUAUGUUUACUUCGGGAAAAUUUAUUCCUGAAAAACCGUGCAUUACUCAAGAUUUAAAAUUGAAUAUGAUCUUCACCAUUGGGGCGGUAGUAACCAACCUAUGUUCCCUUGCAGUCGGCUUUGUUUUAGAUCAUGCUGGUCCAAGAAUCUGUGGGUAUGUUGGUGUAUGUUUCCUUACUAUCGGUUCAUUUAUCCUUCAAUUUUCUAAAAAAAUACAAUUAUUUGACCCUUAUUUGACUGGUUAUAUUGGAUUAGCCAUUGGUGGACCAUUUGUUUUUAUUUCCACUUUUCAAUUGGCCAAUAGUAUCCCUAAACAUAGUGGGAGCAUUUUGGCUUUGAUAACCGGUUCAUUUGAUACGUCAAGUGCCUUAUUUUUAUUUUACAGAUUAUAUUAUCAAAAUGUUAAUCCUAAUUGUGGUUUAAAGACUUUUUUUAGUUGGUAUUUACUCGUUCCAACAUUCAUUUUAUUGUGUCAACUUUUUAUUAUGCCCAAGGAUUCCUAUAAAACAAUUGGUAAUAUCCAUAAAUUGGAAAUUGAAGGUUUAAAUGAAAGCGGGUUUAUUCCACAGGAGGUCAUCGACACUACUCAAGAUGGGGAUGAAAGGGCAUCCUUAAUCCGUGCUAAUUCUCAAGGAUUGGAUCCUGUUAAAUCUACACAUAGUGGCCGCAGAAAAUCUGUUGUUGAAUUAGCCGUUGAAAACAAAUUGAAAUCAAAGACUAAUGGCAUUUUUGGUGUUCUACAUAACUAUACUGCUAUGCAGCAAUUAAAAACUCCAUGGUAUUUCUUAAUGCAAGGUUUUACCAUUAUUUGCAUGUUAAGAAUUAACUAUUUUGUUGCUACAAUUAGAUCACAGGAAGAAUUUUUGCUAGGAAGUUAUGAAGAAGCCUUAAGAUUGAAUGGUAUUUUUGAUGUAGCUUUGCCAUUGGGUGGUGUAAUUGCCAUUCCAUUUAUUGGUAUCAUAUUAGAUCAUAUGGCUACUUUGUCUGUUUUAGUUCUAGUAACCUGUAUUUCUGUAAUCAUUGGUAUUUUGGGAUUGAUCCCACAUUCCUUCACUGCUAAUUUAAUUGGUAUUUUAAUUCUAGUUGCUUAUAGACCAUUCUAUUACACCGUUGUUUCUGAUUACUGUGCGAAGGUUUUCGGGUUUGAAACUUUUGGUACUGUUUAUGGUUUAUUAAUGACAAUAGCUGGUUUGUUAAACCUAUUACAAAGUGUCUUUGAUAGAUGGACCCACUCUGUAUUUAAGAUGAACCCAACCCCGAUCAAUAGUAUUUUAGUUUUGAUAACUAUAUUGUUUGGUGGCUCAUUAUUUUUUUACAUUAAGUUGCAAUUGAAGAAAAUUAGCCAGGAUAAUGAAGCAUCUCCAAGUAGCAGUACUCAUGGCUUAUCAGAAACAACAUACGGUUCUGUAUGA